GUAGGUCCAUUACCCCGCUUAUGACGAACCUCCUGCCUGCAGCUGUAGGUGUAGAUGGACGAGUAAAUCUGUUUGUUGGCAAUCUUCCAUAUCGCGUGAGAUGGCAAGAUCUGAAAGAUCUGUUCAGAAAAGCGGGCACAGUGCUGAGAGCCGAUGUCAGUCUCAAUUCCGACAACAGGAGUCGAGGAUAUGGGACAGUCUUGAUGGGAAGCAGGGAGGAUGCCGCUCGAGCUAUCGAUCGGUUCAAUGGGUUUACAUGGCAGACUCGAACGCUCGAAGUCCGACCUGACCGUCUUCCACCGGAGUAUGAACCUCAUCCACAUCACGCUAUCCCUCGGCCAUCGAUGUACCCAUACCAGAACAUGUCCGGCAUGGGGCAUCCGCCCUUCCCCCUACCCGGUCACCUCACACCUUCAAACAGCUCAACAUGGUUACCGGGACAGUUGCCAGCCCCUCGACCUCCCUUAGGAUUCCCGCAUGGUCCAGGUUCUCAACCGAUGUUCGGCACCCAUCCCAUGCCUGGCUUCAACCCCUCAACCCAUCCCUCCCAUCUUGGAACCUCCGGUUCACCUCCGCUCAUAUCACAUUCCCCGACUCCUCCAUUUGGCCCGAACGGUCUUCCCUUACCCUUGAGUGGCCAAAAUACUGGCUCACAUGGUUUCCUGCCCCUCGGUGCGUCUCCGCUUGCGGGCUCCCUCUCGGCCGGUACUUUCAACGAGGAGCCCCGACGCGGAUCUUUCGCAGCUUUUGUUCAGUCUAUCUCUCCGAAUGCCUCGAGUACCUCCCUUCCCCGCAGCGCUUCACCUGCACCGCCACUAUCGUUACCACUCUCUCGAGGCAGCUCGAAUGGAGGCCUGCCAGGCUAUGCGUCGUCAUCAGAUCAUCCUAAUCCUCAACCCCGCCCGACACGAGAUCCGGUACCAAGUAAUCUGGGUAAUCUGCCUCCCCCGUUCCCCGGCG